UCGUCUGACUGGAUGGCCAAAUCUGUUAUGAAAAGUAAUGAAAACAACAUUAUGUUUGAUUGUUGAGAAACAAAAAACUUGUAAAAAGAAUGAGCUUUUCAUUGGGUGCAAUUAAAGAGGCGAACAGCCACAUCGAAGCGCUCACCAAGCGAAACUUUGAACUCGAAGAAAAAGUGAAAGAACUCUCUCAUGUCAUUCGUAAGCAGAACGAAGCUCAUGCAGAAAAUUUGGCUGUUCUUCCUCUUCGAAUGAAACAAACAGUGGAACAGAAAGAUGAAGAAAUUAAAGAAUUAAAGUCUGUUGUGGAGAAACUUAGACAAGAAGCGAGUGAAAGGGAAUAUUUGCUUCAACAUUACAAAUACAAAUGUAAGAUUCUUGACGAAGUUUCAAGGCAUAGGGACGCCCUGGAAAGUGUUUUAUCUUGCUUGGAUCUAGUACAAGAAACAGAAGAAAACGAAGACGACAAUAGUAAAGCACACGUUAUUGUAAAUCUUGACAGAGAGACAGAAUUAACUAAUGGGUACUGUCAAUCAGAAAGAGGUGUCAAAGAAGUGCCGAGACCGUUUCGAAUAGAUAGUGGAGUGGAUGUCGACGACAAUGAUGUCGUUGCUGUGUGAAUCAAUUCAACUGGAGGUUGAUGSCAGAAACAACCCUUUUUGUAUAGUUACUCAGGGCACUGUAUAAACGUUGGUUAAAAUCUCCAACGAAAUGCAUCAUUAAUAAGUCAUCAUCCAAUUCACCAUACAUACUAUACUAUCAUGUAAGAAUGCUUAUAAAAUAUAUGUUGGAUUUUUUAAAAAUAUAAAUGCACAAGCUAGGAAGGUUWAAGAAUUUUAUUUAGAAACUUUAAAAUGGAAUAAAUAUAAAAAAAGUCUUAUUAUUAUUAUUAUUCUGGGAUUGGUAUGAUAAACAAAAGUGCUGUAUGAUGACACAAAGUACUCAUUUUUGCCUUUAUUGCACAAGGCUAUCUAAAGCCUGAGGCCCUUUGAGGGGGAUUUAAUUGGAUGCUCUGUUAUCCUUGCAGAUGUGAAAUUGAAUAUUGAUUUGAUUUUGA